AUGGUCAAAGCCCUUCGCUUCAAAGGCGACAAAAAGGUCAAAAAGCGCAAGCGCACCACCGAUGACGCCGCCGCCGCCGACUCAGGCGCCGAAGACGCCUCCGGACCCUCCGUCAAGAAACCCGCCCUGGACCGCGAAGACGACAACACCACCGCCAAAGACGAUGACGAGGAAGGCUGGGUCAACGCCGACUGUCUAGAGGACAUCAGCGGGCCACUAAUGUUCACCAUCACCGCGCCCACCCCCGUCGGCCUCAGCUGCGACCCCACCACGGGCCAAACCUUCACCUCGGCGCUCUCCGCCGCCGACAACACCCUGGCCACCGCGGAGCCCACCGGCGUGCACCAAGUCUGGGUAGCCACCAAGAUCCACGGCACCGACAAGCACUCGUUCAAGUCCGCGCACGGCAAGUACCUCUCGUGCGACAAAGUCGGUGUUCUGAGCGCCACGCGCGAGGCCAUUGGCGCCGAGGAGGAGUUCGAGGUCUCGCUGCUGCCAGGCGGCGGGCGAUGGGCGCUGGGUACGGUGCGCGGGGGGUUUGUCGGCGUGCAGGAAACGGGUGGGAAGGCGGUUAGGAGGAAUAAGAAGAAGAAGAAGGGCGGUGAGAAGGGGAGGGUCAAAGAUCGGGUGUCGAGGAAGGAGCUGGAGGAGAUGGCGGGAAUUAAGCUUGACGACGACCAGGUCAAGGUGCUGAGGAAGGCGCGGAAAGAGGGCGGCUUUCACGAGGCCCUGCUAGAUAUGAGGGUCAAGCAUGGAAAGCACGACAAAUUUGCAUACUAA